CUGAAGAAGGCUCUGUGUAACCCUCACAUUCAGGCUGAUAGGCUGCGCUACCGGAAUGUCAUCCAGCGAGUGAUUAGAUUGCCACCUCAUUCUCCUUUUUGGGAAAUCCUUUACUCAGCGAAAUCCCUUCAUAAUACGGACUGAACACAUUACUGUUGACUCUCUGAUAUUUCUAGUAUGGAGAUCAUUUAUAGCUUCAGACCCACAUAUACCACUGCCUGCUUGGCAUUUCCACCUGGAUAGUUCUUCAAAGGCACAUGACUCAGGGCUUGGACAUGUCUGGUGUUUUCAUGGAAAUGGUAAAAGCCAGUGCCACUGUAGAUAUUGUUCAAAAGAAGUUGGUUUAUCUAUACAUGUGCACAUAUGCACCCCUGAAACCAGAUCUGGCUCUCCUGGCCAUCAAUACACUGUGCAAAGACUGCUCGGACCCCAAUCCAAUGGUGCGAGGGCUGGCACUACGAAGUAUGUGUAGCCUCAGGAUGCCUGGUGUGCAGGAAUAUAUCCAACAGCCUAUUCUCAAUGGUCUGCGGGAUAAAGCUUCAUAUGUCCGGAGGGUGGCAGUCCUUGGCUGUGCCAAGAUGCAUAAUCUUCAUGGAGACUCUGAAGUUGAUGGUGCCCUGGUAAAUGAAUUAUACAGUUUGCUGCGUGACCAGGAUCCAAUUGUGGUUGUGAACUGCCUGAGGUCUCUAGAGGAAAUUCUGAAACAGGAAGGAGGUGUUGUCAUUAAUAAGCCCAUCGCCCACCAUCUUUUAAAUAGAAUGUCAAAACUGGAUCAGUGGGGCCAGGCUGAAGUAUUGAACUUUCUGCUCCGAUACCAGCCCCGCAGUGAGGAGGAACUAUUUGACAUUCUCAAUCUGUUGGACAGCUUUCUCAAGAGCAGCAGCCCAGGAGUGGUGAUGGGAGCCACCAAACUCUUUCUAAUUUUGGCAAAAAAGUUUCCCCACGUACAAACUGAUGUGCUUGUGCGAGUCAAGGGACCUUUACUAGCUGCCUGUUCUUCAGAGAGCCGAGAGCUCUGUUUUGCUGCCCUCUGUCAUGUGCGUCAGAUCUUGCAUAGUUUGCCAGGUCACUUUAGCAGCCACUACAAAAAGUUUUUUUGCUCCUACUCGGAGCCCCACUAUAUCAAACUACAGAAGGUAGAGGUGCUAUGUGAACUGGUAAAUGAUGAGAAUGUGCAGCAGGUGCUAGAGGAGCUUCGAGGGUACUGCACUGAUGUGUCUGCUGACUUUGCACAGGCUGCCAUCUUUGCCAUAGGUGGAAUUGCCAGGACUUACACAGAUCAGUGUGUGCAGAUUCUAACAGAGUUGCUGGGGCUUCGUCAAGAACACAUAACUACAGUGGUGGUGCAGACGUUCCGAGACCUGGUUUGGUUGUGCCCUCAGUGUACCGAAGCAGUGUGUCAGGCCCUGCCUGGCUGUGAGGAGAACAUCCAAGAUAGUGAGGGAAAGCAAGCACUUAUUUGGCUACUUGGUGUUCAUGGGGAAAGAAUCCCCAAUGCUCCUUACAUAUUAGAGGACUUUGUAGAGAAUGUGAAGUCAGAGACAUUUCCUGCUGUUAAGAUGGAGCUACUCACUGCACUCGUGCGCCUUUUCCUCUCUCGCCCUGCUGAAUGCCAGGACAUGCUGGGACGUCUGUUAUAUUACUGCAUUGAGGAAGAAAAGGAUAUGGCUGUACGGGACCGAGGUCUCUUCUACUAUCGCCUCCUCUUAGUUGGGAUUGAUGAAGUUAAGCGUAUCCUGUGCAGUCCUAAAUCUGACCCUUCUCUCGGACUUUUGGAGGAUCAGGCAGAAAGACCUGUGAAUAGUUGGGCUUCUGACUUCAACACUCUGGUGCCAGUGUAUGGCAAAGCCCGCUGGGCAACUAUCUCUAAAUGUGUAGGGGCAGAGCAUGGUGGUUCAGAGCGUUCUCACACAGCAUCCUUUACUGUAUCAGGACACCUGAUUUCUGAAGAGAACAAGGGGAGAGUACAAGAAGCCCCUGAUUCUGAAACUCUCAUGUUGGUCCCCAAUUGCCAGCUUACCGCUGAGUAUUUUGAGAAAACUUGGCUUAGCCUUGAAGUUGCUCACCAGCAGGUGCUGCCUUGGCAGGGAGAAGUCCAUCCUGACACCCUCCAGAUGGCUCUACAAGUAGUGAACAUUCAGUCCAUUGCAAUGAGUAGGGCUGGGUCUCAACCAUGGAAAGCCUACCUCUGUGCUCAGGAUGAUACUGGCUGUCUAUUCUUAACAGAAUUGCUGUUGGAGUCUGAGAACUCAGAAAUGCAAAUCUCUGUGAAACAAAGUGAGGCAAGAACUGAGACACUGAACAGUUUUAUGUCUGUAUUAGAAACUGUAAUUGGAACAAUUGGAGAUAUAAAAUCAUAAGAGAUCGUUGCUGCUUGGCCUCAGUGCAAUGAAUAGCUAUCAGAGUUCCUUUGUUUUCCUUAUUUUAGCUGCUUAUGGGUCCAGAUAAUAUUAGAAGCAAAGGAGAGUUGGAAAUAAAAAAAUCAGGAUUCUUGUGGGUGGGGUUCACCCCCACCCCCCCAUACCAGG